CAUAGUAACCGUAAUCAGAAGUGUAGUGGUCCUAGAUAAAGAAUAAUAAAGAUAAUCUAGAUCUAAAUUAUCUUACUUAUUAUAUUAUUGAAAAUUAUUUAUUGAGCGAUUAGCACGCCCUUACAAUACAGAAUAUACAAGUCAUCUACCUGUUUUAAAAUUAAUAAUUAAUAUUAAGCUCAGAUGAGAAAUGACCAAUGGCAAGAGCUGUAAAAACACAUCAUCUGAAAAAGAUCCUCAUAUUACAGAGGAGAUCAAACUUCCAGUGAUCAAUACCUCUGAUCCUAAGCAAAAAAGUUCAUUACCAAGUAAAACAUUAUUUGGGACUGUUCUUGAAAGAGUAGACCCAGACAGUCUGAAUGCUAUAGAUAUAAACAAUAUCCAAGUAAAGCAGGUGCUUGAGAGGUACCCACUGCCACAACAUUUUAAAGACCAAAUCAAAGGUAGAGAGCAGCUAGAACUCUCCAAGCUAGAGUUAUUAAAGCAGAGGCAAGCUGUAGAGGAAGCUGAUGUGCUAUUGAAAUCUAAAAUCAAACAAGCCCUUUCAUUUAGACAGGCACAAAACAUCACUGAAUUAAAACCUUCAGCAGAUUCUGUUAGGCUCUCACACAAAGAUCUAGAACAUUCUAAAGAAAUUAAUAGUGUGGGUCUUAACAAACAUGGGAGCUUUAACAAAGACAGGUAUGGAAGUAGACCAGUAAGACACAAGUACAGUUUAAUAGGAGAUCCAUUAGCCUUCAAUAUGGAUUUUAAUUAUACUUCGGAUACUUGUCAAAAAACUGGAGCACCCAGAAAUGGAGAUAAUGCACUAGGAUGGAAUAGGACUCGUCACCUGCCUUAUGAUUUAAUGAAGCAAACUCAAUCUAAAGAUGCAUCACAUCUGAAAAGUGUGAUUGAUUUACCCCCUAACAUACGCCACAAAUUUGGUAGUAAAGUUUGUGAUGUUUUACUCAGUGACCAGCACCUUGUUAGCUUAUCAUUUGAAAACCAAAAGAAACUGUUAGGACCUGCCAGAGCCUCUAAACCUGAUACAGUUGAUGGUUUGCCUGUCAGCCUUGAGGGUAACUAUCAAAAUCUUAGUCAUACAUCGAGAUACAAUACUUUUCCUGGGUUAACCACUGGAUACACCAUGAGCCAAACAAAAGAAGAUUUUAAUGAUUCUAUUCACCAAAGACGAGUCCCAAAUCCUGAUCAAUACAGAUAUCAACGUGAUGAACUGAGCACUUGGGCUGAGCACAAUAUUUUGCGGGAACGGAUGAAAAAAGCUUGGAAUGAGAACCAUCCACUUGGUGGCAAGCAACAGUAGAAUGUCUUUCUACCGGCCUUUUGUUUCAACACAUUUAUUUUUUUAUGGCUUCCAUUUACAUCAGUAAUUAAUGUCCUUGUUAUUUGUAUAUUAAAAUACUUUCUUGUAAAUACCAACAUCCUGACUGCGUACUAACUCUGAGCUACAGGUUUUAGAAAGUAAUCUAAAGACAUCACUGAAAUAAUGCUAGACUAAAUGUCAUUAAUCAUGGCUUUAGAACAUAACUGCAGAUUCUGUAGUUAACUCAUAUUUUUGUGUUGAGUUUUUAAAUGUAAAUAAAUAAAAGAAAAAUAUAAUGAUUGUUGUAAAUUUUUUGAAGAGUAAGAAUUUUUUAUAUCAUGCAAGAAUUAUUUAAACUUCUGAGCUGUGUUCACAUCCCUGGAACUAUAAAACACAUGCUAUCCUCUCAUGUAAAAGUUCAAAAUAUUCCUUUCAAAAGAUUGUGCUAUUUCUUUUUUGACUACCAGUAUAAUAUUCUUGGGCCUGAGAAGCUUUAACUUGUGUAUAAAAACUUGAUUAUUUUUAUUUAAAACAAA